AUGUCUGAUUAUACUCUCCUCAACGAGGUGAUAUCUGCUCUAAACGGAUAUUCUAUUCAGGGACGGGUCCUACAGUGUUAUUUUCAGCCGCAGCCACCGGGGCCCUAUUACAAAGCAAUACCUUAUCAACCAGCAUAUCAGAUGUAUUCGUCUCUGCCGGGUUCUCAGUCAGAUGAUAUUGCAGGUUCUGCAGGUUCUGGGGGUUCUGGGGGUUCCUUCGGUUCCUAUGGUUACUACGGUUCCUACGGUUCCUACAAUUCUUUCAGCUCUGGCAGCUCUGAUAAUUCUGCAAGCUGGGAAAAUGACUCCACCUAUACAUCAGCAAAUCAUAAUCGUCGUCAUCGUCGUCAUAACCAUCAGUAUUCUCCUUCUUACAGACGUAUGGCUCCCCUUCCAUACAGUGGCUACUUAUUCAAUGGAUCUUAUGGUUAUACUCCAUAUAUCCCUGACUAUGGAGGAUAUCCAGGCUAUAUGCCUGUUACUUGUGGUGGUGAUGAUGCUGAUUAUGAUGAGAAAGUAAGUCAAAUCGAUGAUACCAUUCUCAGUACGGUGGAAUUGGCGGUUUUUAAUCCGAAAAGGCAUGUUGAUCCUACCCGAUUGUUCAUCGGAAAUGUUCCGUUCAGUUCGACGUUUGAGAACCUUUGGAGUUCAUUCCAAGAACAUGGUGAGAAGAAACUAAAAAGUUUGGAAAUGCAGAGGCAGUUGAAUGGAAUGUUCAAAGGUUUUGCUAUAGGAAUUACAGGAUCGCAUGACGAGUCUGUUGAGCUGAUAAAAACGUUCAAUGGAAAGGAGUUUGAAGGGCGAGACUUGAUAGUGAGAUUUGAUAAGUUGCCCAAGCAGAUUAUGAGGAGCCAUGGAAGAAGAAGACUCCUCCUAACUCAAGGGUAG